AUGACACUAUUAAAUUUGAAAAUCGUUCAAUGUCAAAUUUUAUCAAGCGGCAUUAACAACAUUAACUUUUAUCGAGGGUCCUUGUUGAUCGGUUGUCGUCGAAUCUCAAACAAUGCUAGUCGACAAACACCGUCUGCUCGGCCGCGGAAAGGAAAAGAUGGAUGGCUGUCUUAUCGUGAAAAUGGUUACAAACUUGCGGAAACCGUAAAGCACUUUAUAGCACAAGGAAAAGUUGAUAAGGCACUAGAACGAAUUAACAUAAUUAAAAGGGCACCAAAGGUUGUGGCUUUUAAUCACUUGUUAACUCAUUAUGCCGAUAACAAGCAAGUUCGACAAGCAUGGAAGCUAUUUAAUGACAUGAAAAAAUGGAAUCAUUCUCCGAAUGAUUACUCUUACAGUAUAAUGUUUCGUGCCCUGAACAACUUUAGCAAAACUAGCGUAGCUGAGCAGCAGGGUUCACAUCAAGAAAUACUGGAAAAGCUUUAUGCUUCCUUAAGAAAAGGAACGCAGGAAAAUCUGGUGAAUUUAAACACUAUACAUUUAGCUGGAAUGCUACAAUUCUGUAUGCACACAGGGAACUUGGCAUUUGCGAAACAACUUUGUGAAGAGAACAUUGAAUUGUUGGAUGCUGAUUGCUUCACGUUACUGUAUCAACUUUGUGAAAAUAUAACUGCUGGCACAAAAUAUGCAAGAGAAGAAGUGCUGGAGGCUUCAAAGACAUUUUGGAUGUGCAUGCUUAACUCCAAUACCAAAGAAAAGCCCACCAUCAACGAAAAGAACUUGUGUGCAUUUGCCGCUUUUACAAUUGCAUUUCGGAAAGACGGUCUUGCAGCAAUAAGCCUACUUAACGCGCAGCUGCCAAAAGACCUGAGGAUAAAACAUCCGGCACAAUUGGAUGUAGACCAGACAGUUACUUUAAGUCGUCGCAUUCAAAAGCCUUCAUGGCGUUCUUUGUCUACGCUUCUUCAAGCAUGUAACAUCUCUGGACUUUACAAGGAAGCUGAUUUAUACUGGCAACUAUUCACCACCUAUCCUGGCUUUACAAAAAACGAACACAAUUAUCAUGAGUAUCUAAGAAUUGCUGUUGCGAGAAAAGAUCCUCGUCUUAUUAAGCGCCUCUUGGAAGAAAUGGUGACCAACAAAUUAAAACUCUCUGGAAAAACUUUCUUAAUUGCACUUAGUCAGUGUAACAAGCCGCAAUUCCGAAAAUAUGCACAUGAAUUUUGGUCGUUUGCACCCGAAGGAACUGCUAAACUUAAAUGGGUGUCAGAUAUCCUCAAAUAA